GCCAGGGGGCCCUGCCCGCACCCUGAGCACAGCAGGGCCAGGGCCAGGGCCAGGGCUGUGGGGAGCCAUGGAGAGCUUCACGGAGUCUCUAAACAGGCUGAGGGACAUCCAUGAGAAUGAGGUCCUGGGCCUGCAGAGCAAGCUUCUGGAACUGAACUCAGAGAGGUGUCGGGAUGCCCAGAGGGUGGAGGAGCUCUGCGCCAAGAACCACCAGCUCAGGGAGCAGCAGAAGGCGCUGAAGGAGAACGUGCGCGUGCUGGAGAACAGGCUGCGGGCCGGCCUGUGUGACCGCUGCAUGGUCACCCAGGAGCUGGCCAAGAAGAAGCAGCAGGAGUUUGAGAACACUCUACUCCAGAACCUGCAGCACGUCUUCAUCCUCACCAACGAGCUGAGCCGGCUGCAGGAGGAGAACGAGGCCUUGAAGGAGGAGGUGAAGCGGCUCCAGGGCCCGGGGCCCCAGCCCCAGUGCAUGGAAGGCACCUCAGACCCCCCCUCGCCCCUGCGGCUCCCCUCCCUGGGCACCCAGAAGGCUGUCACCAAGAAGCCACCAGGAGGCCACGAGGAGGCCAAGGAUGACCACCCAGAAAAGUCAGUGGGGUACAGGACUUCGCCAGUGGCCAAAAUCUCCCCGGGGGCCAACCUGCCUGAGCCGCGGGCCCCAGACAUGAGCCCCCAGCGUAUCUCCAACCAGCUGCAUGGGACCAUCGCCGUGGUGCGGCCAGGGUCCCGGGCCCGCUCCACUGACCGGGGCUCCACCAACGAGACACUCCCGCUGCCACCCACCAGAAGCAGCACCCCCAGCCCAUCUUCCGAGCACAGCCUCCCCCUGGACAGCUUCCUGCGGGCCCCCCGGCCCUCUGCCAUCACCUAUGAGUCCCUGAGGCGCUCCCUCCAGGCUGACCGCCUCUGCCUCCUGAACCGCCACCUGUCCCUGCACCUUCGGAGCCCCCAGGCCCCUGCCGCGGCCCCCAGUGGGCCCUGGCCCCAAGGCCUGAAGGCUGGGGAGGCAGAGGCCUGGGAGGAGCCCGCCGGCCUGCUGGGCCUGCCAGGCACCCCAGUGGACGUGCGGGACCCACGGCUGGAGGGGGCACUGCACCUGCUCCUGGCCCAGCAGCUGCGGGCGCAGGGGCGGGCGGGUGGCGCCAGGCUGAGGAGCCUGCCCACGCCGGGGGAGACAUCGCCCUCCCCACCAGUAGACUCUGACUCCGAGGGCCUCGAGGUCCCUGAGGGCAAGGUAGCCGGGGCAGCCCUGCCUGGAGGGCAGCACCCACGGCCCACAGGCCCAGGCAGCCCCAGGAGGAAGGAGGCCACAGCCACACAGGACUACGUCCCAGACAAGCCCCUGGACCUCUCAGAGCGGGGCCGGGGCCGAGAUGCCCCCAAGCCCACCAACCAGCCGGGGUCACUCAGCCCAACUGCCCACACUCCCAGCCCCAAGCUACCCCAGGGAGCGGAGCCACCUGCCCAGUCUGGACCCCAGGGACUUAGCAAUGGCACCCAGGAGGCCAGAGCACCGGAGCCAGAAGAGCCCCCCACCGCCUUGGACCCCCCACAUCCUCUCUCAGGGCCCCAGCCCAGCCUGCCAUCUCCAGGCAGGACAGGAGAUAAGGCCAGAGGGAGGCUAAAACUGCCCUACCACCCACAGAGGCCUGAUGCUGAUGGCCACUCAGGUAAACAGCUCAGCAAGGCGGAAGCACAGCAGCCAGGGUCGGACGAGCUGGAUGAGCCAGACACCUCGGACAGGGAGGUGGGUCCCCGGCCACAUGUUCGGGUGGGGCCAGUGGAAGAGGGCUGUCCCAGGCUUAGGGGGAGGGUCCUCGCCCUGACCACACCCCCCGCACCCCAGGUGGGCCUGAGCUCCGAGGUGGGGGCCCCGCUGAGCACGCCAGGUGGGGGGCCCAGGUGCUCCUGCUCCCAGGAGCGCAGGCAGGGCCUGCAGCAGAAGAGGAAGCGGGCCUCGGACCCAGAACCAGCAGACCCAUGGGGCAGAGCCACCAAGAAGCUGUCCGGAGGGAGAAGGACCCCAGGGGAGCCCCUGAUGGUGGCGGAGGAGCCCAGGGGCCCGAGGGACCCGGAGGACGGCAGCCCCUCACCCAGCAACAGCAGCUGGGAGGAGACCUAGCUGGCCGUGCCCCGGGCACCACAGCCUGCCCAGAUGAGACGUACCCCACCUGACAGCUCACAGCCAGGAUGGCCCACACCACCAGACCUGCAGACGGCCUAGCACGGGGGGAGGGGACUAGGUCCUGGCCCAUGAACAGAGGGGCUGGGAAGGCCGACAGGGGGUCUUGGGCUGGUCUUUCAAACCCCUUCAUCUUUAUCCAUCUCAGAAACGACCGGCUGUCCCUGCCGCCCCACCU